GACGGAGACGCUCUGGAAAGGCCUUUGAGAAGCGAGACGCCCCCGGGCAGCGCGGUUUUCUCUUGUGCUGUGGCUGGCGCGCCUCUUCGCAAAAUCGGUCGGCUGCCCUGCCGCGGGCUAGAGGUUUCCUCCUCCCGAGCCUUCCGGGUCAGCCAACGCCGCCAUUCACAAGAAAAUGGAAUUUCAGUUCAACUUUUCUGUAGACAAAAUAGUGGAAAACAGAACAGAUGCUGCUGAGAAUGAAAAGCUACAGCAGGAAAUAGUCCUACUGAAUAAUCGAGACAUUUCGGAAAAGAGCAAUGAGAUUACCUCAGAAGAAAAUAAAAUAAAUGAGGAGUAUUUACCAGGAGCCACUGCUAAUAUAUCAGACCACAGCACUUCAAAUGCAAACCCAGACACAAGUUUGUUGAGGAAACAAUCCUGUCCCAAAUCUGCCAAGAUGCACAAUCUUCCUAAAGAUGUCAGUAAAGUCCUUGAGAGCAAAAUUCUUGGAACCUUACCAGGUAUUCACUAUGCAAAUAUUUCUGUGGUGGAGACUACACUCCCAGGUAACUGUGUUGGAGAAAACAUAAUGUCUAAAAGCAUUUCUUCUCAGUCUGACCUAAUUACAGGUGUCUAUGAAGGAGGUCUAAAGAUCUGGGAAUGCACUUUUGAUCUCUUGGAUUAUUUGUCAGAAACUGACAUUGAGUUUGCCCAAAAGUUCGUUUUGGACCUUGGCUGUGGAGCUGGGCUGUUAGGAAUAGUUGCAUUAAAAGGAAAUGCUAAAGAAGUGCACUUUCAAGAUUAUAACAGUUCAGUAAUUGAAGAAAUCACCAUACCUAACAUACUGGCUAAUUGUUCUCUUCAAGAUGAUGAUGGUGAAGAAGAUACCCAGUCUAGGAAAAAAGACUUCACCCAAGAUUUUCUGUCUAAAUGCAAGCUUUUUUCUGGGGAAUGGUUAGAAUUUAGUAAACUUGUUUUAAAUAAUACUAAGCCCUUAGCAAAAUAUGAUCUCAUACUUACGUCAGAAACUAUUUAUAAUCCUAAUUACUAUGAAGCUUUCCAUGAUACACUUUCAAGUUUAUUGGCAAUAAAUGGCAGCAUAUUUUUAGCUAGCAAAGCGCAUUAUUUUGGCUGUGGAGGUGGGGUCCAUCUUUUUACAAGUUUCAUAGAGAAGAAAAAUUUAUUUAAAUAUCGAACAAUUAAAGUUAUUGAUAAGGGGCUCAAGCGUUUCAUUAUUGAACUGACAUUUAAGAAUUCCUGUUAAUAUGCUGUCUGGGUCAGCAUAUCAUUAAAUAUUUAUUUUCUGUUAUUCAGAAAUGUUCUAAUAAAUUACUAGCACAUUUGAUUUACUUACACCAAAGCUUUUUUCACUUGCCUUUUUUCUCUUUUCCCCUUUUCUUUGAAUUAUUUUGAAUUAUUUGUGUAGGAUAUGUACCAUAUCAGCAUAUUUUCUAGCUUAAGUUUGUCUAGCAGUCCUCUCACAUGAAUUUCUAAGACUGCAUUCUUUUAUGGACUUAAUUUGACUCAACAACUGUUAUUUCCUCAUCUAAUUCAUCCAAGAUUGAUACUACUUGUGCAACAUUUUUGCCUCUAACACAUCAAUCACAGUUCAUAGUUAUCCCAAUAAUUCUUACUGGCAUAAAGAUCCAUCUAGUCUAGGAUCUAAGGCAGCUACUUCAAAAGAGCAAAAUAGGAACAGCAUUGUUCUGUACUUAAAAAUCGACAAGUUUCCAUUUCUAAAUUUGUUGUACAGGCUAUCUCUGAGAAUAACAUAUUUAUGGUGAAAUGCAUGCUUGAUAUUUUCCUGCUAACCUGAUAGACAUCUUAGAAUGACAAACUAGUCAAACCAGCCCUUGUAGUUAGUUAAUCAGAAAAUUGGGUUCAAUAAAUCAUGGCUCAAUUAACCAUGGAUAAAUUAUAUGUAUCAGUUAAAUGGUAUUUAUCUUUUAUUUUGAAUCUACUUUGUUUUCUUUAUGUCCCCAUGACAUACGUAGCUUCCCUCUACGUGCUACCCUCUUUUUUUCUGCGGACAGUUUUUCUGGCCUCCCUUGGUAUCACCUUUGGUUUUUUUGGUUGAUUCUUGGAAACUAUUUGGAUAAGUCCAUGCAAUUUUCUUGGCAACAUUUUCAGAAGUGCUCUGCCAUUACCUUUGUCCUAGGGCUGAGUGUGACUGGCUCUAAAUCACCCUGUUUCAGGAUUAGAACUCAGGUCUCCCUACUCCUAGUCUAGAGCCGUAACCAUGAGACCAAUUGGCUCUCUUGCUUGUAGUUUUUCUCUUUACUACUAGAAACCAGCAACCAUAUUUCCAUGAUCACAUUUUCUUUUUGGGCUUUUCCCUGCCCAUUUUUUUUAAACUCCAUCUCUCAUAUU